AUGUCUGAUGAUAAAUCUUUCACGACUGGAAUUGUUCUAGCAUUGUCCAAAAUUACUGAUAAUAAAUUAAAUGGGUCUAAUUAUUUAGAUUGGAGUAGAAAAAUCAGGGUCUACUUGCAUAGUGUUGAAAAGGAUGACCAUCUUAUCCAAGAUCCUCCAACUGAUGAUACUAAAAAGACUUGGCUUAGAGCUGAUGCUACACUACUCUUGCAAAUUAUAAACUCUAUUGACAAUGAAGUUGUUGAUUUGGUUAAUCACUGUGAGUUUCUGAAAGAGCUAAUGGAUUAUUUGGAGUAUUUAUAUUCUGGCAAAGGACUCCCAUCUGAGUUUGAGACUGCUAAAUCACAUAUUCUGUCUAGUUCUGAGAUCAGCUCUCUCAAGGAUUUUUUCAGUCGGGUGUUUCUCACAGAGAGUACUCUAUCCAACCAGCAGACCAAUGUGCUUGUUGCAAAAGGAGGAGGAGGAAGAAAUAAUGCAGGGAGAUGGAACAACAAUGAUGCAGGGAGAUGGAACAACAAUAAUGAUGCAGGAAGAUGGAACAAUAACUAUGAUGUAGGGAAAUGGAAUCAUAACAAUGAUGCAGGAAGGUGGAACAACAACAAUAACUCUGGGAGAUGGAACAAUAACAAAGGAUGA